CGAAUGCUGAACUGGAAAGUACAAGAGUAAGUAGCUUUUUCUACUAUACACUCCCAAUGUCUGUGUCAAGACGGGUAUCACCUUCUAAAGAACUACACCCGGUGGUAGGCCCCUAUUCAACCUUGAAGAAGACUUAGUAGAUAAAGUUAGACAAAUAUAUGGUUUUAAAUUUGCUUACCAUUUUUACACACUUUACAAAAAUCGUGUUUCAUGUUUCAAAUUUCAUAUUUGUCCUAGAGAAUCGAAAUUUUGCACGUGGCCAUUUCUGCUAGAAAAAAUAUUUCCAGAUGGUGAAAACAUAUUUAAAAAGAAGCUUCAAAGCGUGUUGAAAUCUUUACUAGAAGGCUCGAACGGUAACCAAGGAAAGACCGCUUCAGCUCUUGUUGAAUUCUUUAUAUGAACUUCACUUUUGUGUAUUUAGGGCAAAAUCUUCGAGAGGUUAAUUGACCCACUUCCCGUCAACCUGUCGAGCUGAAACUUUUCGUAUAGACUCGUUGCCUAUGACAACACAUUUUUUUUUAAAAUGUUCAUAAAAUGCGUUACUUGUUAUGUCCAAUUUCCAGCCACCCCCCCCCCUCCCGGCCCCAUUGCGCCAUAUCACAUUUUAUAGUGGAGUUACACGGAAAACUUUUGUUUUCAGGUGUUGUUUAUUAAAACUGUUUCUAUUGGUCAACCCGUCUGAUUUCCCACAAUGCCCCGGCUACAGAUUUUGAAUCGUUUUUGCUAAAAGUUCUAGAAAAUUGCAUGAAAUUAAGUCAAUAAAAUGAUGACAGUUAUAUACGGGUAAGAAGAUGACCAAGUUAAAUGAUUUCAUUAAGAAGAGCGUUAACACAAAAAAGUAUGCUCUCCCCCAUUGACUUGUUUCAAAGACAUUUAUUGGUUUUGACAUUGGUGAAUCACUUCAUGGGUUUACAAGCAUCAUGAGAUUACAUCAGUGAGGGGAUUGUAGAAAUGACUAUUGGCAUUUAAGCCUUAGGUCAUGAUGUGGCAUCAGUGAGGUGAUCGGACUAUUAAGUCAUGAUGGGACAGCAGUGAAGUGAUUGUAGAAAGGACUAUUGGCAUUUAAGCCUUAGGUCAGCGGUUCUCAAUCUAUGAGUAGCAACCCCUUUGGGGGUCGCACGACCCUUUCCCAUGGGUCGCCUAAGACCAUCUGAAAAAACAUAUGCUCUACAGUUAUGAAGUAGCAACGAAAAUAAUUUUGUGGCCGGGGGUUGGGGGGGGGGGGUCGCCACAACAUGCACGACCCUUUCCCAUGGGUCGCCUAAGACCAUCUGAAAAAACAUAUGCUCUACAGUUAUGAAGUAGCAACGAAAAUAAUUUUGUGGCCGGGGGUUGGGGGGGGGGUCGCCACAACAUGAUGAAAUGUAUUAGAUGGUCGCGGCAAUAGGAAGGUUGAGAAUCACUGCCUUAGUGCCUUAUGACAUCAGUGAGGUGAUCGGACUAUUGGCAUUUAAGCCUUAGACCCUGAUACUAUUCAAACUCCUUUCGUGUGGCUUUCUUUCUCUUUCUGGCAUUUGUUAUUUCUAUUUUUGUUGUUGGUCCGAAUGCUUCUACACCUGCUUGAACACCUGCUUGAAUUCUGUUUUGCUUCUAGUGGGCGAUCUUAUGGCUUGUGCAUUUGACUUCAGUGGUGUAGAGUAAAUCGUGUUUGCUGAUAGAUGAUUGAUACAUUUACAAUAAAUAAUAAAUCACAGUAAUACAUGGGUGUUACCUAGUUUGUGUCAUGUAUUUGACUGUAAGCUGUGGAAGACAAAUGUGAUUUUUUUUUGUCAUCAGACGGAGAUGAUCCGUGCAGUGACUGUACAUGUCACUAAUGAGUACAACGAGCGAGAGCUGGACAGGAAAAUGGACCUGUGUCUUGGUCAUUUGGAUAAAAGGUCCCAAGCGGUCAAGGAGCUGCAAGACGAGGUAUUUUUAAAACUAUAUUUUUACUUGACGAUACGAUCACAGCUUUAGUUUAGAGAGUAGCUGAUAUACGUCAUAAUCAGUAUUAAAAGAUCUUAGAGAUUAUUUUAUAUUAAUGCAACUCAGUAACAAGCCGUCAUUGAAAUUCACCAAUUUUUAAUGAUUUCACUAUAGAUUUGUCGGCCAAUUUCCAUUAUUUUUUUUAAAGACAAUGAAUUUAUUAUUAAAAUCAGAGGUAUAUCGAAAGAAACUUCAGUUAGCAAAGCAAAAAAAAAAGUAACAACUUUAAGAAGCACAGAUAUUCAAAUUCAAAUGUGUGCACUUUGUUACCGGUGUAUCUCAAAGUUGAAGUUUUUAGUCAUAAACCCUUUAAUCAUUCUUUCAAUUUUUUUUUUCUGUUCAUCUCUCCAGCUGUCACGAUGUGAGGAGAGACUCGGCGCCGGUCAAGUUUCGGAAAUGUUAGAUUCUGACCACAACAUAGGACAUGCCGCGGAGACGAGAGACAAUUCAGCGCCGAAUCAAACAUCGCGGCAAUCGUCAGACACGAGUUCUCCUCCCCUUUAUAAGGAGACGUACCGGCCUUUCGAGAGGGGUUGGGGCAGCCAGUUGUCUGAGCAGCCUACUACACACAUUGCCAACAGUCAUCAUUUAUCUUAUUCAGCAAAACCCCACCAAUCUAAUUCUUACUCCCCAACAAACACUCAACAAUCACACUCUUACUCCCCAAACAAUCAACAAUCAAACUCUUACUCUCCAAAUCCUCAACAAUCACAUUCUUACUCUCCAAAUCCUCAACGAUCACAUUCUUACUCUCCAAAUCCUCAACAAUCACAUUCUUACUCCCCAAACAAUCAACAAUCAAACUCUUACUCUCCAAACCCUCAACAAUCACAUUCUUACUCGCCAAAUCCUCAACAAUCACAUUCUUACUCCCCAAACAAUCAACAAUUAAACUCUUACUCCCCAAACCCUCAACAAUCAAAUUAUUACUCUCCAAACCCUCAACAAUCAAAUUCUUACUCCCCAAACCCUCAACAAUCAAAUUCUUACUCACCAAAUCCUCAACAAUCAAAUUCUUACUCCCCAAACCCUCAACAAUCAAAUUCUUACUCCCCAAACCCUCAACAAUCAAAUUCUUACUCCCCAAACAAUCAACAAUUAAACUCUUACUCUCCAAACCCUCAACAAUCAAAUUCCAACUCAGCUCAGACAGCUAGGCGUCAAGUAUCAAAAUCGUAUUCCAGACCACCUGAUUCUUACUCUCCAAGCCACGAACAGACAUCCUCGUACUCUCCAAAGUUUCAAAAGACCAAUUAUUCAUCUCAACUUCCUACCAAAGUCCAUUCCAAGAACUCUGCCAGCGACACUCGGACCUCUGUUCAGAAAAAAAGCGUGACAUUUUCCCAAGCUAUAGAGGACAGUGAAUUUACCGAGGACCUCGACAUACUCGGCGACCACGACCAACGAAAAGAGAACUCAGUUAAUAGCAGUAACGCCAUGCUGCGUGGGAGUGUGGGUUUCAAGGACGAUUCGGGCAGUCACAUCUAUGCUAACAUUGGGCCAAUUUUUUCUGAGCGUCUGACUGAUCCCGCCAGUUUGAAUCGGGUAACAUUCUCCAGGGACUCACGUUCAGAGAGAAGGAAUGAUGAGGGUAAAACUUUAGGUGGUUUCAAGCAUCGAUCUAGAUCUGCUGAAAGAUCUACGGUUCAUUCGGUGGACAGGCCACGAGCUGAAAUGAAUCGCAGUGAAAAUGGUGGUUUUAACUUGACCAAUCAUAGGGUUUACAAUAGCCUCGUGGUCAAUCACUACGGACUGGAGUUGUCCGACCAGCGAGAUUUUAGGAGAAAUAACCCUCAAGCUCAAGUCUCAGUGCCAAAUUGUUAUCGCGCCUCGCAGGAGAGCUACGAAAGGACGAGAAAUCUGAAAAGAGCAGACGAAGGUCAGACUUAUUCCGGUGGCAGAUUGGAAACUCCACCGCUACAUUCUAUCCACAAUUCUGAAGGCGCCCAAAACGCCUUUCAACGUUUUCACGCCCCAACAGACGAAAGUCAAAUACCUAGCAGAGACGAACACCUUUUCCAAUUUGAUAAACUAGAUACCCGAAGUAUCACAAACAAGGUCUCACGUUCUGACAAUGGACCAGUUCACGGUGCUGUCCCUGGCAUGCAACUUUCUUCAUGGAGAGAAAUGCGAGACACGAGCGGUCCGGCCCACAACAGUGGUCAUUUGUUUGACCAAGGCAUUAGUGACCCCAGAUUAAACAACGACAGCGGCUCUCCUCGUUUCAGCAUGAAUGAGGUCGCUGGAAGGGGGUUGAGUCGGCGCGGACGAGCAGAAAAUUCUGCUGAGAAUUUGUUGAAUUCAGUGCAAGGAUAUAAACAGCAAACCGACAUGACAAAGGGAAUCGAUUCUACAGGCAGCACUCGUUCAACUGAAGCUCACGUACUCCACCGUCCAACUCUGUCAGAGAGAGGCAGGCUAGAUGUCCCUGGUGGCACACCCUAUAGCAACAAACAAGAGGUUAUCUCGACCAAACAACAGACAGACAUACACAACGGUCAGCAAACAAGCGAAGCGCUCGCCGGCAGACAGAAGAAUGAGCAAACACGAGCCUCCACUGCUGUGACGGACACUCGAGCCCCUCACGAGAUUCACCGGACAAAUACUCACAACAGACCCAGCAGCGUCCCUAAUCACGGCGAACAUGUAGGCGUGCACCAGGACUCUAGUCACGUGCAGUUUGUUCACAACGCUUUGCCUUCAACGGCGAACGGUGUACAUGGCAUCCCAUUAUUUUACGGCAGUGACGGGCCACGCGCCAAAGCUGAAAGUAAAAGUUUUCGUAACUAUGACACGGCACACAGUACAGCACAAAAUGCUUCACACGGCGAAUCGACACAUGAAGGAAUUUUUUCAUUUUCAUCCGGGGGUGAACAGCUUUCCCCCAUCGCAUCUCCGAAUAAAGAUAUCAAUGGCGGGAUCUCAAACGGCGGGAGGGGUGCCUUGUAUCACAUCGUCUCUAACAAAAUGAACAGGAUAAAAAAUGAACAGAAUUCUGCCCGCGAGAAGACAGACAGAAGUGAGAGUAGCAGCAGCGAGCCGCCCACUUGGGUUACCAAUGGGGAGAGCAUGAGCACGAACGUUACGGAGAAGCGAACCACGGGAGGAGCCAAGGUGUCGAAUGGAAUGUCAGCGAUUUCUGGCCCUGUACCAAUCAGAGAUAAGCCCUCAGAAACUUUCACGCAUAAAUCAGAGCCGAGCGCCGUUAAUGGCAGCACAUCAUUCACACACCACAAUCACGUGACCAAAAAUUACGGUAAUCACAACGUGUCGGGUGCCGUCACUCAAGACUGGGAAAGUAUUUCACCAAAGGGAAGCAACCCAUAUUUUUUAGCUAAAACUGGACAUAAGACCCCCGGUCAGAUCUUUGAAGAUCAUUAUCAACAUCCGGCGAAUUCUGAGUAUCAACCACAAACUCCAGUCAACGGUCAUUUAAAAACUGUCCAACACUGUACGCUUCCAGACGCCAAACAAGUGAUGACGGUCAACCUAAAUGACAUACCCAUUAUGUAUAAUAAACAAUCGGGGAAGAGCUCACGUGAUGCUAAAUUCAUUGCUGGCGUGGCACAUCGUCCGCUAAUGACCAAUGGCCAGGGGGUGGUCAGGACGAAGCUGGAGGACACGAACGAUUCUAAUUCAGACACGGGGCUCAGUUCAAUGCAUUCUGACGAGACGGCCAACAUGGAGACCCUGGUGUAAUGUGGUGAAACCUGGUGUGAGAUGAAGACUCUAGUGUAACAUGGAGACUUGAACUUCAUAUGUGUAGUGUAAGUGUAAUGCAAUGGAAAUCAAAAGCAAGAGGCUGGACAUUUAAUAAUCUGAGGAGCUUGUUUGGUAAUCAGAAUAUUAAUAUUAAGAUGCUUCUGGUCUUGUCUAGAAACCAACAUUGAUCUACCUUCAUGACCAGUACCAAAAGUUGAUCUUUGAUUAGAGUUUAGCUGCAGCUAUACCUUAAUAAACCUGAAAAUGUUGAUAUAACUUAUUAUUGUGUGUCCUUCAGCCGUGUUUUUGCUUUAAUGUACCGGUAAAUAAUUCAAUUAUCUAC